UGGCUGUACGACGACCUGAAGACGCUUGAACGCCUUAUUGUUGAAAGGGCGUCGUCCCAAACCCCAUGCCGUAUAGUUGCGGGUCCAUCCAUUUAGUUGUAGUGUCACUAGAGUGUAUAUUCAUUUAGCUAGAUUGAAAAAAUGGGAGGGUGCGCUUCUAAGGAAAAUACUAAAAAACCGAAAGAGGAUGAAUCGGGAAAAUCCACCAUGGUUGACGCCGCAGUUUUGGAGAAACUGGAAGCCGGUUUCAAAAAACUGGAAGCUUCUGACUCCAAGUCCCUUUUGAAGAAAUACUUGACCAGGGAGUUGUUCGACAAGCUGAAGACCAAGAAGACUUCCUUCGGCUCCACUCUUCUCGAUGUGAUCCAGUCUGGUUUGGAAAACCACGAUUCUGGAAUUGGUAUUUACGCCCCUGACGCUGACUCCUAUUCCGUGUUUGCCGACUUGUUCGACCCCAUCAUCGAAGACUACCAUGGCGGUUUCAAGAAGACUGACAAGCACCCCCCCAAGGACUGGGGCGAUGUGAACGCCUUCGGCAACCUGGACCCUGCCGGCGAGUUCGUCGUGUCCACCCGUGUGCGCUGCGGCCGCUCCCUGGAGGGCUACCCCUUCAACCCUUGCCUGACCGAGGAGCAGUACAAGGAGAUGGAGCAGAAGGUGUCGUCGACUCUGUCGGGGCUCGAGGGCGAGCUCAAGGGCACCUUCUACCCCCUGACUGGCAUGAGCAAGGAGGUGCAGCAGAAGCUGAUCGACGACCACUUCCUGUUCAAGGAAGGCGACCGCUUCCUGCAGGCGGCCAACGCGUGCCGCUUCUGGCCCACCGGCCGUGGUAUUUUCCACAACGACGCCAAGACCUUCCUGGUCUGGUGCAACGAAGAGGAUCACUUGAGGAUCAUCUCCAUGCAGAUGGGGGGCGACCUGGGGCAGGUCUACCGUCGAUUGGUGACGGGGGUCAACGAUAUCGAGAAGCGACUCCCCUUCUCGCACAGCGACAGGUUCGGGUUCCUCACUUUCUGCCCCACCAACCUUGGGACAACUGUUCGUGCCUCCGUUCACAUCAAAGUUCCCAAACUGGCCGCCAACAAGGCCAAGUUGGACGAAGUCGCUGCCAAAUUCAAUCUGCAAGUGCGUGGAACUCGCGGCGAACACACCGAGGCUGAGGGCGGCGUUUACGAUAUUUCCAACAAGAGACGCAUGGGCCUCACUGAAUUCGAUGCUGUCAAGGAGAUGUACGAUGGCAUUUCCGAAAUCAUCAAGAUGGAAAAGGAGUUGUAAACCCCUUGCAUCCGCAACAUUCUAAUCAUACGUGAUUCAUCACUUAUAAGCAAUGACAUAAUUUUGAGUAAGUAAGUAUAUCUUGUUUGCCAAAGGUACCAGUGAAAUGCUUAUAUUGCUAAGUUAAUAAGAUGGUGUCUGGACAUGAGUUAGUGUAUUCAGCUUUCUAGUCGACAUUGUUUUCAAAUGUGAAAAAUUCUUACAAAUUACAAAGCAUUGGAUUUUCCUUAUUUAUUUAUUUUAAUGUAUUUAUGUAAAAACGAAAGUAUUAUUUUAAAAAGCAACUGCAAAUUUAUUACAACAUUUAAUAAAAGACGUCCAAUGUA